AUGUCUGACCCUGCUUCCCCCUCUGCAGCCACUGCUCCCUCUGCGGCCGACAACAGCGAGUUUUACAACUUUACAUUCAAGACGCUUCAGGAGGAGGAGUUCCCCUUUGAGCAGCUCCGCGGCAAAGUCGUUCUCAUCGUCAACACAGCAUCCAAGUGCGGAUUCACCGGUCAGUACAAGGGACUCGAAGAGUUGAACAAGAAGUACGCCGACAAGGGCCUGGUCGUUCUGGGAUUCCCCUCUAACCAGUUUGGCAACCAGGAGCCCGGAGGCGCUGAGGAAAUUGGAAGCUUCUGCCAGAGAAACUUUGGCGUGACGUUCCCGAUUAUGGAGAAGUCGGAUGUCAAUGGCGACAAGGAGAACGAGAUUUACAAGUUCCUGAAGAGCAGCAAGUCCGGUAUUCUCGGCCUCAAGCGGAUCAAGUGGAAUUUUGAAAAGUUUCUCGUCGAUCGUCAUGGAAAUGUUGUCGAGCGCUGGGCAUCGACCAGCGGGCCGGAGAGCCUGGAGCCGACCAUCGAGAAGUACCUGGCCCAGGAGUAA